AUGGAUACGGAGCUUCCUGACGACGCCUCAUUUGAAUACGCCGGCGUUCUUGACCAUGCGCCGGCCACUUCCCAUGGCACGUAUCUGGACGGCAUCAACGAGGGCCUCGAACCCUUGGAAGAAUACCGCGAAGGCGGUUAUCAUCCCAUUCACCUCGGUGACACCAUCGGCGUCGCCGGCCGUUAUCGCGUCCUUUGCAAGCUCGGUCACGGCGGUUUCGGCACCGUGUGGCUGUGCCGAGACACGCGUGACACUACCGGGUACGUCGCUGUGAAGGUGAUGGUGGCAGACAUUGCGCCGGAGGCGGUUCCGGAUCUUACCUUGGUGCGAUUCGAUCGGUCCGCUCCCGGUGCCGAGCACAUUGCCAUUCCACUCGAUGCCUUCUCCAUCGAGGGACCAAAUGGAGUACACCAAUGCCUCGUGCUCCCCGUUCUUGGGCCUUGUGUUUCGCCUGAAUUCUGGUUACGGAUGAAACAGGAUCCCGGCCCUGUUCUCCGGGAUAUGGCCCAACAGACUACGAAAGCGAUGCAGUUUUUACAUAGACACGGUCUCUGCCAUGGAGACUUCCGGACCUCCAACAUCCUGGUCAAGCUAGCCAGCCUCAACAAGCUGUCCGAGGACGAGCUGCUCUCCCUCCUCGGCCAGCCCAAGGAGGUCCACGUACGAACCGAGUCGGGCGGCGACCUUUCAACUUCUUCACCACGAUACCUUACGCCUGCCGCCGACCUCUCUCGCUUAGGCGAUGCGUAUCUGACGGACCAAAUUUGCGUUAUUGACUUUGGUGAAUCGUACGCCAUUGCAUCCCCCCCGGCGGACAUGGGCAUGCCGGAAAAUUACCUCCCGCCCGAGGUGCUGCUCGACGAGGAGAGCGCCGUCGGACCGGCGUGCGACCUCUGGGCGCUCGGGUGUACGCUCUUUGAGAUCCGGCAGCAGAUUCCGCUCUUCUACAUGAUUUAUGGUAAUGAUACGGACGAGCUUCUGUCCGAGAUGGCGCGGGCGGACUUUUUUGACGACCGGGCGGCCUGGCUGCGGGAAGACGAUACGGAAGCGUGGUCACUCGAAGUGGCGCUCAGCAAGUCUAUCGAAAUCGUUGAACCGGGCAGCGGGGAGCAGGACGACGUCGCAAGGACGUCGUUGAUCACAUCGGAGGCAGAGCAAAAGCGGAUUGCGGAUCUCCUGUACAAGUUGUUCCGCUACGACCCUGAGAAGCGUCUAAGCGCCGAAGAUGUCGUGGCACACGAAUGGUUUACGAUGUGA